UUUUCAGGGUUUCGCAAAAAUGAUGAAAUGAAGGCUAUGGAAGUUUUGCCAAUUUUAAAGGAAAAAGUUGCAUACCUUUCAGGUGGCAGAGAUAAGCGUGGAGGUCCCAUUCUAACAUUUCCAGCUCGUAGUAAUCACGACAGAAUACGGCAAGAAGACCUUAGAAGACUCAUUUCGUAUCUAGCGUGUAUUCCUAGUGAGGAAGUAUGUAAACGAGGAUUCACUGUCAUUGUCGAUAUGCGUGGGUCAAAAUGGGACUCCAUAAAGCCUCUGCUGAAGAUUUUACAGGAAUCCUUUCCAUGUUGUAUUCAUGUUGCACUGAUAAUCAAGCCAGACAAUUUCUGGCAGAAACAGAGGACUAACUUUGGCAGCUCUAAGUUUGAGUUUGAGACAAAUAUGGUGUCUCUGGAAGGCCUUACCAAAGUAGUUGAUCCUUCUCAGCUAACCCCAGAAUUUGAUGGCUGUUUGGAGUACAACCAUGAGGAGUGGAUAGAAAUCAGAGUUGCCUUUGAGGACUACAUUAGCAAUGCAACCCAUAUGCUGUCCAGACUGGAGGAACUGCAAGAUAUAUUGUCAAAAAAGGAAAUGCCUCAGGACCUGGAAGGUGCUCGCAAUAUGAUAGAGGAGCAUUCACAAUUAAAAAAGAAAGUCAUUAAGGCCCCUAUCGAGGACCUUGAUGUGGAAGGACAAAAGCUGCUCCAGCGGAUACAGAGCAGUGAUAGCUUUCCCAAAAAGAACUCUGGGUCAGGGAAUGCAGACUUACAGAACCUUUUACCCAAAGUGUCCACCAUGCUGGACAGGCUGCACUCAACACGGCAGCAUCUGCAUCAGAUGUGGCAUGUGCGGAAAUUGAAAUUGGACCAAUGCUUUCAGCUCAGGCUGUUUGAGCAGGAUGCUGAAAAGAUGUUUGACUGGAUCACACACAACAAAGGUCUGUUUCUGAACAGCUACACAGAGAUUGGAACCAGUCACCCCCAUGCGAUGGAGCUUCAGACACAGCACAAUCACUUUGCCAUGAACUGUAUGAAUGUGUGUGUAAACAUAAGCCGCAUCAUGUCAGUAGCAAACCGCCUGAUCGAGUCUGGCCAUUACGCUUCACAGCAAAUCAAACAGAUUGCCAGUCAGUUGGAACAGGAGUGGAAGGCAUUUGCUGCAGCCUUGGAUGAACGGAGCACGUUACUGGACAUGUCCUCCAUCUUCCAUCAAAAAGUCGAACAGUACAUGAGCAAUGUGGACUCAUGGUGCAAAGCCUGUGGUGAGGUGGAGCUUCCCUCAGAACUGCAAGAUUUAGAAGAUGCUAUCCAUCAUCAUCAAGGGAUAUAUGAGCACAUUACCUUGGCUUACUCUGAGGUGAGCCAAGAUGGGAAGUCACUCCUUGACAAACUUCAGAGACCUUUGACUCCUGGGAGUUCCGAUUCCCUCACCGCAUCUGCCAACUACUCCAAAGCAGUUCAUCAUGUCCUGGAUGUCAUCCAUGAAGUGCUGCACCACCAGCGCCAACUGGAAAAUAUCUGGCAGCAUCGCAAGGUCCGCUUGCACCAGCGGCUUCAGCUCUGCGUUUUUCAACAGGAUGUUCAACAGGUGUUGGAUUGGAUUGAAAACCAUGGAGAAGCUUUUCUUAGCAAACACACUGGAGUGGGAAAGUCCCUGCAUCGGGCCAGAGCUUUGCAGAAACGCCAUGAAGACUUCGAAGAGGUUGCGCAGAACACAUAUACAAAUGCAGAUAAGCUCCUAGAAGCAGCAGAACAGCUUGCUCAGACUGGGGAGUGUGACCCAGAGGAAAUUUAUCAGGCUGCCCACCAGCUCGAAGACCGGAUACAGGAUUUUGUCAGGCGUGUGGAGCAGCGCAAGAUCCUGCUGGACAUGUCUGUGUCCUUUCACACUCACGUUAAAGAGCUGUGGACGUGGCUUGAAGAGCUACAGAAAGAGCUGCUUGAUGAUGUCUAUGCUGAGUCUGUGGAGGCUGUCCAAGACCUGAUUAAACGUUUUGGUCAACAACAACAAACCACUCUGCAGGUUACCGUCAAUGUCAUAAAAGAAGGUGAAGAUCUCAUACAGCAGCUAAGGGAUUCUGCCAUUUCUAGUAACAAAACCCCCCAUAACAGCUCGAUCAACCACAUAGAGACAGUCCUGCAGCAGCUGGAUGAGGCCCAGUCUCAGAUGGAGGAGCUUUUCCAAGAACGCAAGAUCAAACUUGAGCUGUUUCUGCAGCUCCGCAUAUUUGAAAGAGAUGCAAUAGAUAUAAUUUCAGACCUUGAGUCUUGGAAUGAUGAGCUCUCUCAGCAGAUGAAUGACUUUGACACUGAAGAUCUUACAAUAGCAGAACAGAGGCUCCAGCAUCAUGCAGACAAAGCCCUGACCAUGAAUAACUUGACCUUUGAUGUCAUCCACCAAGGGCAGGAUCUGCUGCAGUAUGUCAAUGAAGUGCAGGCAUCUGGUGUGGAGCUGCUUUGCGACAGAGACGUGGACAUGGCCACGCGCGUGCAGGACCUGCUGGAGUUCCUGCACGAGAAGCAGCAGGAGCUGGACGUGGCGGCGGAGCAGCACCGCAAGCACCUGGAGCAGUGCGUGCAGCUGCGGCACCUGCAGGCUGAGGUCAAGCAGGUUUUGGGCUGGAUCCGAAAUGGAGAGUCAAUGUUAAAUGCUGGGCUUAUCACUGCUAGCUCUUUGCAGGAGGCAGAGCAGUUACAGAGGGAACAUGAGCAGUUUCAACAUGCAAUAGAGAAAACACAUCAGAGUGCCCUGCAGGUUCAGCAGAAGGCAGAGGCAAUGCUGCAGGCUAAUCACUACGAUAUGGAUAUGAUCCGGGAGUGUGCAGAGAAGGUCGCUUCCCACUGGCAGCAGCUGAUGCUGAAGAUGGAGGAUCGUCUCAAGCUUGUGAAUGCCUCUGUUGCCUUCUAUAAAACUUCUGAACAGGUGUGCAGUGUGCUGGAAAGCCUGGAACAAGAAUAUAAGCGAGAGGAAGAUUGGUGUGGGGGAGCAGACAAACUGGGUCCCAACUCUGAAACAGAUCAUGUUACUCCCAUGAUAAGCAAACACCUGGAGCAGAAGGAAGCCUUUCUAAAGGCCUGCACACUGGCUCGGAGGAAUGCUGAUGUCUUCCUGAAAUACCUGCACAGGAACAGUGUCAACAUGCCAGGGAUGGUGACACACAUCAAAGCACCUGAACAACAAGUGAAAAAUAUCUUGAAUGAGCUCUUCCAGAGGGAGAACCGUGUGCUGCAUUAUUGGACCAUGCGUAAAAGACGUCUUGAUCAAUGCCAACAGUAUGUGGUGUUUGAAAGAAGUGCCAAACAGGCUCUGGAAUGGAUUCAUGACAAUGGAGAGUUUUAUUUAUCCACACAUACUUCCACUGGUUCCAGUAUCCAGCAUACUCAAGAGUUGUUAAAAGAACAUGAAGAAUUUCAGAUCACAGCAAAGCAAACCAAAGAGAGGGUGAAGUUGUUGAUACAGCUGGCUGAUGGCUUUUGUGAAAAAGGGCAUGCUCAUGCAACAGAGAUUAAAAAAUGUGUCACAGCAGUGGAUAAGAGGUACAGAGACUUUUCCCUGCGCAUGGAGAAAUACAGGACCUCUUUAGAGAAAGCUCUGGGUAUUUCCUCUGAUUCCAAUAAAUCGAGCAAAAGCUUGCAGCUGGAUAUAAUCCCAGCCAGUGUCCCUGGGUCAGAGGUGAAACUGCGCGAUGCUGCUCAUGAGCUUAACGAAGAAAAACGAAAGUCUGCCCGCAGGAAAGAGUUCAUUAUGGCUGAGCUAAUUCAGACAGAAAAGGCUUACGUAAGAGACCUCCGGGAAUGCAUGGAUACAUAUCUAUGGGAAAUGACAAGUGGAGUUGAGGAGAUCCCGCCUGGCAUUGUAAACAAAGAACACAUUAUCUUUGGAAACAUGCAGGAAAUUUAUGAGUUCCACAAUAAUAUAUUUCUCAAGGAGUUGGAAAAAUAUGAACAGUUACCAGAAGAUGUUGGACACUGCUUUGUUACUUGGGCAGACAAAUUCCAGAUGUAUGUAACCUACUGUAAAAAUAAGCCAGAUUCCACUCAGCUGAUAUUAGAACAUGCAGGAGCAUACUUUGAUGAAAUACAACAACGACAUGGACUGGCCAACUCUAUCUCCUCUUACCUUAUCAAACCUGUCCAAAGGAUAACAAAAUACCAGCUUCUUUUAAAGGAGCUGCUCACGUGCUGUGAAGAAGGUAAAGGUGAGAUUAAGGAUGGCCUGGAGGUGAUGCUUAGUGUGCCAAAGCGAGCCAAUGAUGCCAUGCACCUCAGCAUGCUGGAAGGCUUUGAUGAAAAUAUAGAAUCUCAGGGAGAGCUCAUCCUUCAAGAAUCCUUCCAAGUGUGGGACCCAAAAACUCUGAUUCGAAAGGGAAGAGAGAGGCACCUUUUCCUUUUUGAGAUGUCCUUGGUUUUCAGUAAAGAAGUAAAGGACUCAAGUGGAAGGAGCAAGUAUAUUUACAAGAGCAAACUGUUUACUUCUGAACUGGGUGUCACAGAACAUGUAGAAGGAGAUCCCUGCAAGUUUGCUCUGUGGGUUGGAAGGACACCAACUUCAGACAACAAAAUUGUUCUCAAGGCAUCCAGUAUAGAGAAUAAACAGGACUGGAUCAAACACAUCCGGGAAGUGAUACAAGAAAGGACUAUUCAUCUGAAAGGAGCAUUGAAAGAGCCCAUCCACAUUCCCAAAACUGCGCCAACAACAAAACAGAAAGGAAGAAGAGAUGGCGAGGACCUGGACAGUCAGGGAGAUGGCAGCAGCCAGCCUGAUACCAUUUCUAUUGCCUCAAGAACCUCCCAGAACACACUAGACAGUGAUAAGUUGUCUGGCGGGUGCGAGCUGACCGUGGUGAUCCACGACUUCACCGCCUGCAACAGCAACGAGCUGACAAUCCGCCGUGGGCAGACAGUGGAGGUGCUGGAGAGGCCCCAUGACAAGCCCGACUGGUGCCUGGUGCGAACCACCGAUCGGUCCCCAGCCGCCGAAGGCCUGGUCCCCUGCGGGUCCCUCUGCAUCGCCCACUCCCGCAGCAGCAUGGAGAUGGAGGGCAUUUUUAACCACAAAGACUCCCUUUCGGUCUCCAGCAAUGACGCCAGUCCUCCCGCGUCCGUCACGUCGCUUCAGCCGCACAUGAUCGGUGCUCAGAGCUCCCCGGGCCCCAAACGCCCUGGCAACACCUUGAGGAAGUGGCUCACCAGCCCUGUGAGGCGCCUCAGCAGCGGCAAAGCAGACGGGCACGUCAAAAAGCUGGCCCACAAGCAUAAGAAAAGCAGGGAGGUCCGCAAAAGCGCCGAUGCAGGCUCUCAGAAGGACUCCGACGACAGCGCAGCCACCCCGCAAGAUGAGACUGUGGAAGAGAGAGGUCGGAACGAGGGGCUGAGCAGUGGCACUCUGUCCAAGUCAUCCUCUUCAGGCAUGCAGAGCUGCGGAGAGGAGGAGGGCGAGGAGGGAGCAGAUGCUGUGCCACUGCCUCCUCCCAUGGCAAUUCAGCAACACAGCCUUCUCCAGCCCGACUCGCAGGAUGACAAGACAUCUUCUCGACUCUUGGUGCGGCCGACAAGCUCCGAGACGCCCAGCGCUGCUGAACUCGUCAGUGCCAUUGAAGAGCUCGUCAAAAGUAAAAUGGCUCUGGAGGACCGUCCAAGUUCCUUGUUGGUAGAUCAAGGUGACAGCAGCAGUCCAUCCUUCAACCCUUCAGAUAACUCCCUUCUAUCCUCCUCAUCACCCAUAGAUGAGAUGGAGGAAAGGAAAUCCAGCUCCUUAAAAAGACGACACUAUGUCUUACAGGAAUUAGUGGAGACAGAGCGAGAUUAUGUGCGAGAUCUGGGCUAUGUAGUUGAGGGUUAUAUGGCACUUAUGAAGGAAGAUGGCGUACCUGAUGAUAUGAAAGGCAAAGACAAGAUCGUGUUUGGAAACAUUCACCAGAUUUAUGACUGGCACAGAGACUUCUUUUUAGGAGAGUUGGAGAAGUGCCUUGAAGAUCCAGAAAAGCUGGGAUCCCUGUUUGUUAAACAUGAGAGAAGGUUGCACAUGUACAUAGUUUACUGCCAAAACAAACCAAAGUCUGAGCACAUUGUCUCAGAAUAUAUUGAUACGUUUUUUGAGGAUCUAAAGCAACGCCUGGGCCACAGACUUCAGCUCACAGACUUGCUAAUAAAACCUGUGCAGAGAAUUAUGAAAUACCAGCUAUUACUAAAGGACUUCCUCAAGUAUUCUAAAAAAGCUAACCUUGACACAACAGAACUAGAGAAAGCUGUAGAGGUCAUGUGUAUAGUACCAAAACGGUGUAAUGACAUGAUGAAUGUUGGCCGCCUGCAAGGAUUUGAUGGUAAAAUUGUAGCCCAGGGUAAGCUCCUGCUCCAGGACACAUUCUUGGUUACAGACCAGGAUGCAGGACUUCUGCCACGCUGCAAGGAGAGACGGGUCUUCCUGUUUGAGCAGAUUGUCAUUUUCAGUGAGCUGCUAGAUAAAAAGAAAGGUUUCUCCAUGCCCGGAUUCUUGUUUAAAAACAGCAUCAAGGUGAGUUGCCUUUCCCUGGAGGAAAAUGUGGACAGCGAUCCAUGUAAAUUUGCACUAACAUCAAGAACGGGCGAUGUCACGGAGACCUUCAUUUUGCAUUCUGCCAGUCCGGGAGUCCGCCAGUUAUGGAUCCAUGAAAUUAACCAAAUUUUGGAAAACCAGCGCAACUUUUUAAAUGCCUUGACGUCCCCGAUCGAGUACCAGAGGAACCACAGCGGGGGGGGGGGGGGGGGGGGGGGGGGGGGGGGGGGGGGGGGGGGGGGGGGGGGGGGGGGGGGGGGGGGGGGGGGGGGGGGGGGGGGGGGGGGGGGGGGGGGGAGCUGUAGUGGCAUCCCCAGCUCCAGCCGUAGCCGGCCAUCCCGGAUCCCCCAGCCUGUCAGACACCAUUCCCCAGUCCUGGUCUCCUCUGCAGCCUCGGCCCAAGCAGAGGCAGACAAGAUGUCAGGUAUGUCCAUUCACAAUCACUCCCUGCCACACUACAACACCUCCUUAGAAACUAGCCUGAGCCAGCCAGACAGGCACCCUCCCAGUGCAGAGCCGGAUGGUCCUCAGAGAGAAGCCGAACAGAUUCCCAAGAUGAAAGUUAUUGAAAGUCCCAGGAAGACAGCAGGAAACAUUUCUGGCUCAGCUGAUGGAGCCCAGAAAGACUCACGUGGAAUCUCAGAGGACAGCCGAACAAGGAACAGCAUAGGAUCACUGACGCUUGAGAAGCCAAGGCCAGGAGCCAUCUCUCCAAUGAACUCUCCUCUGUCCACGACUUUCCCUUCUCCUUUUGGCAAGGAAACCUUUCCACCCAGCAGCCCCCUGCAGAAGGGCUCCUUUUGGAGCUCCAUCCCAGCAUCCCCUGCCAGCCGCCCUGGCUCCUUCACUUUCCCUGGGGACAAUGACUCCCUUCAGCGGCAGGUCCACCGCCACUCUUCACACAGCAAGGACACAGACCGCAUGAGCACAUGCUCCUCGACCAGCGAGCAGUCAGUUCACUCCACCCAGAGUAAUGGGAGUGAAAGUAGCAGCAGUAGCAAUAUCUCCACCAUGCUGGUGACACACGAUUACACGGCAGUGAAGGAGGAUGAGAUAAAUGUCUACCAAGGAGAGGUCGUGCAGAUUCUAGCCAGCAACCAACAGAACAUGUUUUUGGUGUUCAGAGCCGCCACCGAUCAAUGCCCCGCAGCCGAGGGCUGGAUUCCCGGCUAUGUCUUGGGGCAUACCAGUGCAAUCAUCAUUGACAACCCUGAUGGAACCAUCAAGAAGUCAACGUCUUGGCACACAGCACUCCGAUUAAGGAAGAAAUCUGAGAAAAAAGAUAAAGACGGCAAAAGGGAAGGCAAGCUAGAAAAUGGUUAUCGCAAAUCCCGAGAAGGACUUGCCAACAAGGUUUCCGUAAAACUUCUCAACCCCAAUUACAUUUAUGAUGUUCCCCCAGAGUUUAUAAUUCCAUUGAGUGAGGUUACAUGUGAGACAGGAGAGACCAUCGUGCUUAGGUGUAAAGUCUGUGGUCGCCCCAAGGCUUCAGUUACUUGGAAAGGUCCUGAUCAUAAUACACUGAGCAAUGACGGUCAUCACAGCAUUUCGUACAGUGACCUGGGCGAGGCGUCGCUGAAGAUCGUUGGCGUCACUGCGGAAGACGAUGGUAUCUACACGUGCAUAGCUGCAAACGACAUGGGUUCGGUUUCAUCCUCCGCCAGUCUACGAGUUUUAGGUCCUGGAAGUGAUGGGAUCAUGGUAAUCUGGAAAGACAACUUUGAUUCCCACUAUAGUGAAGUGGCUGAGCUUGGCAGGGGCAGAUUUUCUGUCGUGAAGAAGUGUGACCAGAAGGGAACCAAGCGAGCAGUAGCCACUAAGUUUGUGAAUAAGAAGUUGAUGAAGCGAGACCAGGUUACCCAUGAACUUGGAGUCAUGCAGAAUCUCCAGCAUCCCCAGCUCAUUGGCCUUCUUGAUACCUUUGAGACCUCCACCAGCUACAUACUAGUGUUAGAAAUGGCUGACCAGGGUCGCCUUCUAGACUACGUCGUGCGAUGGGGAAACCUCACAGAGGGGAAGAUCAGACUCUACCUGGGAGAGAUUCUGGAAGCUGUGCAGUACCUUCAUAACUGCAGAAUAGUACAUUUGGACCUAAAGCCUGAAAAUAUUUUGGUGGACCAGAGUUCCACCAAGCCAACAAUAAAACUGGCUGACUUUGGAGAUGCAGUCCAGCUCAAUACCACGUAUUAUAUCCACCAGUUACUUGGAAACCCAGAAUUUGCAGCUCCUGAAAUUAUUCUUGGAAAUCCUGUUUCACUCACUUCAGAUGUUUGGAGCAUUGGAGUGCUCACUUAUGUCCUUCUUAGUGGCGUCUCUCCUUUCCUGGAUGAAAGUGUAGAGGAAACUUGCCUGAAUAUUUGCCGCUUAGACUUUAGUUUCCCAGAUGACUACUUCAAAGGAGUUAGCCAGAAGGCCAAAGAUUUUGUAUGCUUCCUACUUCAGGAUGACCCAGCUAAGCGUCCCUCGGCUGCACUGGCCCUCCAGGAGCAAUGGCUGCAGCUGGGGAAUAGCAAAAGUGCUGACAGCAUUGAUACAUCCAGACUGACUUCGUUCAUUGAGCGGCGAAAACACCAGAAUGAUGUUCGACCCAUCCGUAGCAUUAAAAACUUCUUACAGAGCAGGCUCUUGCCAAGAGUUUGACCUUGCUUGAAGUUCUCUCUCAUUCUCUUUCACCUGCCAAUCAAUCAGACUGGAGAUGGACUCCUCCUGCCAAUCAAUCAGACUGGAGAUAGACUCCUUCUGCCAAUCAGCUGUUGACUUGAAUUUUGAGGAAAGCAAACCCCAAGCCAACCAGCUGCUAGUGAAUGUUCGUGUGCAAAUGCAUUCCACAGGGACCCGCGCAGGGCAGCGCGGGGGACUGGAGAUGCAGACUUCACGGGGGUGGAGGACAAUAGCACUGUACUCUGCAAAAAGCAGUCACAAGCGAUACAGCAACAGUAUUUUAUUCAGGUUUCUGCAAAAAAAAAAAAUAGUUUUUUUAAUAAACAAGAGUUGAAUUUUGCAAGUGAACUUAGCUACCGUUUUCAAGAUUUAUUCAAGGAAGAAAUGCCUAUGUUUAAAGCACUGGUGUUAAACAAAAAUCAGAUCAUGCCUGGAGAAGACUCACCAAAAUGGCUGCCCAUUGGUACGGCCUCCAUUUAUAACAUCUGGUUUUCACUUGGUCCUAGAGCUUUCCAGUUGCCUCGCCUGUAUGUAUCUCACGUAGCAGUGCACUGAGAUCAGACUCUGCUUUUAAGUGCAUCCAACCUCAAAAGAUUUUGCAUACAAAUAGAAUGAAUUGUUUUGCUCUGAUAAAAUGUAGGCCUUACUUGUAUAUAGACUGUUACCUGCCUUCGGUCUGUAAUUUUUUUCCCCCCUCCUCUCAUCCUUUUUUCCCCACUCCUUCCUAAAUGGUGGUAUACCACUGUGCGGGUCUUCAGUUUGGGUCAGUACUCACUGUCCCCCUAGAAAAGAACUUUGGGUUGGUGCCCAGCUUGCUGACCCAAUUGUCAAGCAGUAUACAGCAGGAUGAAAUACUGUAAAUGCACUCAUUUGGGAUUUUGUUUUCUUUCAUAUCAUGUGCAAUGUUGUGGCUUUAACAUUUUAUGCAACUAUUUAUGAGGACCUCUGUUGUAACUGUAAUAAAUAUAUAGAAAAAGCACAUACUUAGUACGGCGAGCUUUAUGGUUUUGUGUGAUUGGGGGUUCUGGGUGGGCUUGGGCAGGUGUGUUGUACCACACUGUCAUUAUUAGUUUAAGAUGAGGAUUAGCAUAGAAUUUAGUCAAGGCUAGUCAAUUUUAAGGAUUGUUAAAAAGAAAAAAAUGGAAGAGAGAGAGAGAUUCGUAUCCCAAAUGUCAAACUGGUUCAAAAGUAGAGUGACACUUUUUAAAAUUUAUUAUUAUAUUUGAAAUGCCAAAGUCUGACUUUCCCCAAAUCAGUCUCAACACUUAACUGCUUUUAAGAAUUUUCAAAUCUGUUUUUUUACUUCUUUCUGUGAAAUGAACAAGUUAAUCUUGUGGUCUUUGGUGAAGAAUACAUUCGGAAAGUAGUGGUCAGAUGAGGAGAAUUGGAAAUGUAAUGUAAUUGUCUUAGUAAUUGUUUUUAAGGUUGAAGUACUAUUAGCGUGAGGUAUUUAAAAGACAGAGAUGGUUUUCUGUGCAUCACUGAGUUCACGUGGGUGUGUUGUGAACAUCUAUGUUUGUGUGAAAUGCCAUGUUUAAGGAAACCAAGCCGACAUCCCACAAGAGUUAGAUAUAUGGGCGUUAAGCCAUAACCUAGCUUGGGUUAGUUUUGAGCUUUGUGGCUUCCACUGUA